AACAUCCAAGGGCAUUUGGCUCCAAAAGUUCCACCUUUGUCUCAAUUUCAACGAUGAAGAUAAAUCACGAAAGCCGCUGUUAAGAAAUAGUUCUUUUCAUGCAAAACACUAUUUCUUUUCAACAUGGCGUUUGCAGAGAUUUUGCCAUGAGGAAGGACGCCGAUAGUCUCAAUUCUACCAAAAUGGUCACCAAUACCGAGGAGAUAGACCUUACUCUCAAGCUUUAUCUGGAUAAGCCCCACACAGAAAUGUUUCUGACUACUUCGUCGUCGUCGUCGUCGUCGUCAAUCGGAGUAGACAUAAGCGAGAGUCUAGUGGGAAACGGAGCUAGUGGGGGUUCCUCUGUUUCCUCUCUUUAUAAGCCUAGCUCGCUGCCGUUGAAGUCUGAGAAGAUAGAGUUUCAGGACUUGCAGACGAUGAUAAGAUCAAAAGAUGUGAAGAGAUUGAAAAAUGUAAACAAGUUGGUGAACGUGGGGAGAUUAGUGCUGCAGAAGCACAAUAAGGUGGAAGCGGCAAAGAUAAAGAAAGAGACAUCUCCGACGGCGUCUCAGCCGCCGCCUUCUGAAGUGAUUGCCGGAGCUGCUGCUUCUGUUUCCAAGAACCCUGCAUUCAUUCGUGCUCUUGCUCAAAUCAAGGAAGACAUGAAGCUUUUGCAGGAUAUGAAGCACAGGAGUGCAAGAGGAUUGGCCAAAGGAGGGGCUAGUUCCAGAUUCCUGAGAUCUCCCUAGAAGGAAAUGCAAGCAAGGCCGUCUGAAACUGAAACCAUGUCAGCAAAGCCUCUUAAGAAAAGGGUGAAGCUGGAGCAUUCCUGCUUGCUCACACCCUGAGACAACUACUUGGAAUGGUUCUGAUAGGAAUACAAGAAUGAGUUUUUGCAAACAAAAUAAAUAACACCUCAAUGGUUAUAUAUUCUUAUGAUUUUACAGUCCUUAAGUGUUAAUACUACGAGUUCUGGAUAGGUCAUUAAGUGUCAUUUGCCCAAUUUUUACUGGCGUGACGAAAGCCAAAUCUGCACUAUUUGUGUCUGCCAUGGAAGCUUUGGAAGAGUCGGUGGUGCAUUCCCAUGAAGCACGUCUCAGGUCUGUGGUGUGUGUUAGCUUAGGAAGAAAAUAUAUUGGCUUCUUUUGUACUAGCAGGAAAUUCCAUUCUUUUCCGUCUGCUAAUUUCUGCAUUAAACUGUUACUUCAUUUAUGUAUG